UUUAAACGCAUCUUAUAUUUCAAGAGUGCGUGUGUGAGAGUGAAGCAUAUCACAUUUGUGCUUCACUGUUCUAAUUUACUCUGAAGAAGCCCAAAAAAAAAAAAAAGCAAAAAAGAAAACAAAAGGAAACAGCUUUUAGUCAAAAAAAAAUUAGCUCUAGAUUCAAGGAUUUUCCUUUUGUCAAUUUGAAGAAAUGUAUGUUAUCCACUCAGUUCUGUAGUGAUGUUCUUUGCUGGGUCUUGGCAAAACUUUUUGUUUUGGAAGAUAAUUUAGAAUAUGGAUUAUAAGUCAUUCGACGGAAUACAAUCUCAACUUGAAUGUUAUGAAUAGAUGGGUUCAAUGGAAAAUGGAUUGAUGAAUGAGUUUGACGACGAGAGUCUCUAUAGUCCGGAGACCGAAGCUCAAAAGACGCAUUCUAUUCAAGCUGUUGAACAAGGAUCAUCAUCUUCUGGAGGGUCGCAAGAUGACACCAAGAAACUGAUGGGGAAUGUUGUAUAUAGGAGCAUAAAAACUGUAGUUUUCUCAAAUAAGCUGAACUUGCUUAUGCCAUUCGGGCCGCUAGCAAUUCUUGUCUAUAAGUUGACUGGUCAUCGGGGUUGGGUAUUCUUUCUUAGCUUGUUGGGUAUAACACCUUUAGCGGAGCGUUUAGGUUAUGCGACAGAGCAGUUGGCAUUUUACACGGGAGCUACUGUUGGGGGCCUCCUAAACGCUACUUUUGGAAAUGCAACAGAACUAAUUAUAUCUAUUUACGCUCUGAAAAGUGGAAUGAUGCGUGUUGUUCAGCAAUCGUUGUUAGGCUCGAUUCUGUCAAACAUGUUGCUGGUGCUCGGUUGUGCGUUCUUCAGCGGCGGCCUUGUUUUUCAUGGGAAAGAGCAAUUGUUUAACAAGGCAACUGCUAUUGUGAACUCGGGAUUGCUUUUGAUGGCUGUCAUGGGCCUACUCUUUCCGGCUGUUUUGCACUAUACACAUUCUGAGGUGCACUUUGGAAAGUCAGAGCUGGCACUCUCCAGAUUUAGCAGUUGCAUCAUGCUGGUGGCAUAUGCUGCAUAUCUAUUCUUCCAGUUAAAGAGUCAGAAGAAUCAAUAUGUCCGUAUUGAGGAGGAAGGGAGUCAAAAUGAAGAGCGCUCAGAUGACGACGAAUCUCCUGAGAUCUCUAAAUGGGAAUCGAUUAUUUGGCUUUCCAUUAUGACUGCUUGGAUCUCAAUCCUCUCUGAAUAUUUAGUCAACGCCAUAGAGGGAGCAUCCAUUGCACUGAAAAUUCCUAUCGCAUUUAUCAGUGUUAUUUUGCUUCCAAUUGUGGGCAAUGCUGCCGAGCAUGCAAGUGCUAUCAUGUUUGCCAUGAAGGACAAGCUGGAUAUUUCUUUGGGAGUGGCAAUUGGGUCAUCAACUCAGAUAGCCAUGUUCGGGAUUCCAUUUUCUGUCAUAGUUGGUUGGAUCAUGGGGCGUCCGAUGGACUUGAACUUUCAACUUUUUGAGACCGCAACACUUUUUAUAACCGUCUUAGUUGUGGCCUUUAUGCUUCAGGAAGGAACCUCUAAUUAUUUCAAGGGGUUAAUGCUCAUCCUUUGCUAUCUAAUUGUUGCUGCAAGUUUUUUUGUGCAUGUAGAUCCUUCUUCUUCAGAUGAUGAUUCACAAUUAAAAACAUAGUUCUACAACAUACUCAAAGAAGAGGGCUAGGCUAGCUUAUCCUUUUCUUGUGGAAGAUGAUUCAAAACUCAUCUGUGGAAACAAAAUGAAAUGUUUUGUUUAAAAUGGAAAUGAGAAGGACACAACUCAAUGAAGGGCUUAAUUCAUUCAUAAGAAAGGGUACCUGCAAAUGGUUUGGUUCCCCACUCUUGUUGUAUAUAUAAAUGUAUUUAUUUUUUGUGUUCAUUUGUCAAACAUUCCAUCACUCUUCAUCUCUUGUUUAGUGAAUUCUCAUUGUCCAUGGAUCUUGCUGGGCUCUCUUGCUUAGGAAGCUGAAAGGUCGGGCUAUCCAGCCCUACCCGACCUGGGCUGGGCGGAAAAGACUUUUGGGCCUAAAGUAUAGAGCCUGUCCGGGGGUUCGGGACAGACGAGGGCGGGCCAAAAGUGACGUGAUUCGUGCGGGCCUGUUUGGCCUGGCCCAAACUUUCAGCUGUUGGUUGGGAUGUUUAAACUUUACACUUAGGACGCAUUGGGGGAAAGAUAAUGAGAUUGGAAAGUGAAGUAAAUAAGAAUAAAGAUGAACGAUUCACUUUCUAGUGUUAACUUGUCUAAAGCAAAAUUGCAAACAAUCCAAUUCACUUUUUAUUGUUUACUAAACUUAUGGGUGAUGUUAUCGAUAUAAUUACUAAAAUA